UCCGGCAAACUGGUUGCCUACGCCUUAGUGCUUGGCUUCGCGCAUGUGCAGUAGAGAGUGGCGCGAGCCAGCAGCUUCCGGCCGAAGAACAUGAUGCAAGGGGAGGCAAAUCCUAGUGCUUCCCUUAUUGACAGAACCAUCAAGAUGAGAAAAGAAACAGAAGCUAAGAAAGUGGUUUUAGCCUGGGGACUCCUAAAUGUAUCUGUGGCUGGAAUGAUAUAUACUGAAAUGACUGGAAAGUUGAUUAGUUCCUAUUAUAAUGUGACAUACUGGCCCCUUUGGUAUAUUGAGCUUGCCCUUGCGUCCCUCUUCAGCCUAAACGCCUUAUUUGAUUUUUGGAGGUAUUUCAAAUAUACUGUGGCACCAACAAGUCUGGUUGUUAGCCCUGGACAGCAAACACUUUUAGGGUUGAAAACAGCUGUUGUACAGACUACUCCUCCACACGAUCUGGCAGCAACCCAAAUCCCUCCCUCGCCACCUUCUCCUUCAAUUCAGGGUCAGAGUGUGUUGAGCUAUAGCCCAUCUCGUUCACCCAGUACCAGCCCCAAGUUCACCACCAGCUGUAUAACCGGAUACAGCCCUCAGCUGCAAGGUCUGUCAUCAGGUGGCAGCAGUUCCUAUAGCCCUGGAGUGACUUACUCUCCCAUCAGUGGUUAUAAUAAGUUGGCAAGCUAUAGUCCUUCUCCUUCUUCUCCAUACCCUACAACUGUUGGACCAGUGGAGGGCAGUGGGUUGAGAUCUCGCUACCGUUCUUCACCCACCGUCUAUAACUCGCCUACUGACAAAGAAGACUACAUGACAGACCUACGAACUUUGGAUACUUUUCUUAGAAGCGAAGAAGAGAAACAGCAUAGAGUUAAGCUGGGGAGUCCAGAUUCUACCUCGCCUUCCACCAGUCCUACCUUCUGGAACUACAAUCGUUCUAUGGGAGAUUAUGCACAGACUUUGAAGAAGUUUCAGUAUCAGCUUGCCUGUAGGUCUCAGGCCCCAUGUGCUAACAAAGAUGAGGCUGAUCUCAGUUCUAAACAAGCUGCAGAGGAGGUUUGGGCAAGAGUGACUAUGAAUAGACAACUUCUUGAUCAUAUGGAUUCGUGGACAGCUAAGUUCAGAAAUUGGAUCAAUGAGACAAUAUUAGUGCCACUGGUACAAGAGAUUGAGUCUGUCAGCACACAGAUGAGACGAAUGGGCUGUCCCGAGCUUCAGAUAGGAGAGGCUAGCAUUACUAGCUUGAAGCAAGCUGCUCUGGUCAAAGCUCCUCUCAUCCCGACUUUGAACACAAUUGUGCAGUAUCUAGACCUUACACCCAAUCAGGAAUACUUGUUCGAAAGGAUUAAAGAACUUUCUCAGGGAGGCUGUAUGAGUUCAUUUAGAUGGAAUAGAGGUGGAGACUUCAAAGGACGGAAGUGGGAUACAGACCUGCCCACUGACUCAGCUAUCAUCAUGCAUGUAUUUUGCACCUACCUUGAUUCCAGAUUACCUCCACAUCCUAAGUACCCUGACGGGAAGACAUUUACUUCUCAGCACUUUGUUCAGACCCCAAAUAAACCAGAUGUGACAAAUGAGAAUGUUUUUUGCAUCUAUCAGAGUGCUAUCAACCCUCCUCAUUAUGAGCUAAUCUACCAGCGUCAUGUGUACAAUCUUCCAAAGGGCCGAAAUAAUAUGUUUCAUACAUUGUUAAUGUUUCUCUACAUCAUAAAAACCAAAGAGUCAGGAAUGCUUGGUUCCAAAUAAUAGAGGCAUGCGGCUGUCUCUUGAUUCUUCAGUUUGGGACAUCGGAGGUUGAUUUCUUACUUUGUCAGAUGAGUAAUCUCUUUCUCUUAUAGCCCUCUCCUUUGUACUUUGAAUACUGUAUAGUACUCUCUAGAGUAGAAGUAGGUUUUUCUUUUUGUUUAUAUAUAAGUAGGGUUUAGUUUAAGCUAUAUUAAGAAUUCCCAUGUACAAAUUCACUAAAGCAUCCAUAAUAAUUAGUAAAUUCUUAAUUCGGAUUUAAUAGGUAAAAUUCUCUAAGAAACCUAGCAGCUCUAUAUCAUAUCCUCCAUGUAAACAUUUUAAUUGCUACCUCUGCUUUAAUCUUGCUAAAAUUAUUCUGUAAUAUUCCUUGAAUUUUCCACACCCUGUAAACGCAUUUGUCCUAAAUUGGGGUUUUAAGCCCAGUGAAGAAAGCAAUUACUAUUACUAGGGUCCACCUGAUAAGCCAUAUGUAACAUAACUCAUUACAGAAUGGCAUUAAAUGUUAUCAGUUAAAUAUGUAUUCCUUGUAAAGACUAGUUUUUGUUAUUUGAAGAGACCUUAAAUGUUUGGAAAUCGAUUCAACUAAAAAGGUUUGUUUUUUUUUUUUUCUUUUUAUAGGAGAGUUAAUCUUGGUCUAUCCGGUGUGAAUAUUUUGUGGAUUUUUGGCGAGUAAUGUGUGUCGUUUAAUUCCAAACAUUAGGACUUUUAUUUGAUUGAACCAGGAGUUGAAUCUAAGCAUCUCUGAGUCACUGUGUCUUUUGAAGUAAGAUACAUGUAUGUGUUAACAGACUCUUUUAGAUUUAACGAAAAAUUAGCUAUUAUGAAACUUCUUGUUAAAGUAUUUCCUGUGUUCUCUACACUGAGAGACAUUACCUUCACUUUUUUUAUUACCUUUCAGAUUUUUCAGUUGUCUGUGAAACUGCAAACCUUCAGAUAUUUGUUGACCCAAAACAGUGCAGUUUCCCCUUAAUUAAGAAAUUUGAGUCCUUUUUCAUGGUAACCUACAAAUGAGAAUCAUCCACCUGAUUUUUCCCCACAAAAAAUUUAUUUUUUCAAUUGCAUUAUUUGGUGUAAAUACUUAAAAAGAAACAAGGAAAUUGCUAAUUCACCUUUUUUAUCUCUUUACUUCCCUGUUGUUCUAUAGAUCAGCCCAAGGCCCACAUGUAAAGAGAUGAGAUCAACUUGUAGGCAAUGUAUUAUUAGUCCAUGUGCAUUUUUAAAUAAUAUUGAAAGAGGUUUGACAGUGUUGGCAUGUUUAGAAGUCAGCUCUCAGAUUAACUCACAGAGUUAAACUAUCUGGGUCUUAGGUUAAAAGGAUGAAGACAUUAAGAAACUCUUGCUUUCUUUUUAAUAAUUCAAUCUGACUGUGUUAUUUUAAGAGUUCUCUUUUAAGAUCAUACAAUAUCUGUUUAAAUUUUUUUAGAUAUGUUCAGAAUAUCUGCAGAGUAAGAAGUGACUGAGUUUUGCUUGACUCUAUUUUCUUACGUAUCUAUGAAUAGGACCUUGAAGGCUAGCUAGCAAGUGUGUUUGUUUUCCAGAUUGACGUCCUAUUAGAGACCACUUCUGUCACCUUACGUAAACCUGGAAACAAAACUAGAAUCUUCUGAGUAACUGCAUUUUGGUCCUGUAUGUGCAUCCCAUUUUUAAUAAUUUGUAAAUUCUGUUUUUCAACAAGUCAUUCCUGUGUUUUGAAAGUCCUGUGUCCAGAGGAAAGGAGGUUUCUUUUCACUGCUUUUGAUGUAUGUUGAACAUGUUUGCUGUGGUAUUUUAGAAGAAAAUGUCAAUUAAACAUGUUAAAUACGAGAACAUGUGAAAAUCUAAGUACUGUUUCAAAACUUAUUGAAGGUGUCACAGAAUAACAAUUGUUACAUGGUUAACAUUCUUUAUUAAAGGGAAUAAGGGAAAAAUUUUAACACAUUAAGACAAAGGUUUUUUUUCUUUAUAGGACUUAUGGCAGCUUUUAGUCCAAAAAUUCAAAGCUAUAAUAUUUUUAUUUUGUGACUAUCAAGAAAAUAUAAUAUGUGGGAAAUAUACAUGUAAAAAGACUAGAGAUACAUGCUAAAAAAGAAAAGCUCUUUUGAUUGCAUACUGUGAGUCUAGCGUGGGUUACUAUAUUCUAGGUAGUUUUCCUAUACUGACUAGUCUCCACAAGUGUUUGAGCCAACUUAUACUUUAAUGUAGCCUUUAUUAAAAAUACUUUGAUAAAUUAGUUGGCAUUCACACGUCAGGAAGACAGUGCACUGCAAAUACGGUAAAAUUUUUUGGGUCUUUGUGUUAAAAUGAGUACCUACUUUAAUUAAAUGUUAUUUAUAGGGUA